CAAAUGUUAAUUUUCAAUGUCAAAUAUUUAGUGAAAUUUCUUUUCCAUUAAUUGAAAGUGAAAAUUCUUCAUUAAUUAUUCGAAAAGACAAACAACUAGGUGUUUGCGGCUCUAAUUCUAGUAUAGUACCACCAAUGGAAGAAUGCUAUUCAUAUUUAUGGAUUGAAAGUGGUUGCUUUACAGAAGAAUUUAGGCCUACUGAACUGGAAGAAUCGAUGACUAUUUCUCAGUUUAGCAUUUACGCUAAAGAUGUUUUUAAAUUAUCUAUGAAAAAACACCAAAUAAAUUCAAAUACGAAGAAUUAUAGAUUAAUCUGCUACAAGAAUCUUUAUGAUAGAACGAACAUAGCUUUUAAUAGAAAAGUUACGUAUUCUGGAAAAUUGGAUAGUCCAUUACUAGAUCCAAUCCACAUUGUGGAUGGUUUAUAUCACAACGACAUUUCUUUAGGAUCUUGUUCAAUAUUGACAAUGUUUAAUUCAACUAAACCAAAACUAUCAAUUGAAUUGAGUGAAUAUCACGAAGAGAUAAAAAUUGUUUUGUGGCCGACAAACGAAGAAAUAAAUCAAACAUUUAUUGUUUAUAUAUCCGAACCGAAUAAUUUAUGCUCCAAUAACGUCGAAUUAGAAAUGAAUUCAACAGCCAAAGUCUUUUGUAGUAAUUUAAAAGAAAACGGAAGUGAAAUAAUAAUUGAAGUAAAAUUUAACGAUAACCUUCACCUUUGCGAAGUGGAAAUAUUUUCAGUAAAUUUAGCUUUUAAAAAACCAGUUUUAUCCAAAUUAGCAAAAAAGAAUCUAUAUAAUUUAACAAAUGGCCUAAUUAGUAAUUACGUAUUAUUUCACCUUGGAAUUGAUUAUUGGCUAGCAAUUAAUCUUUUAGCUUACUUUAAAGUUUUUGGUUUAGACGUUAAACCCAGUUUAACUUUUUUAAAUUCAUUUAAAAAUUUUUACAUUGAAUUAACCAAUGAAAAUCCUGCUUUGGCCUAUGACGUAAUCAAUUAUCAAUUUUGCGGAAGAAAGAAUAAUAGUCUAUUAACUACUGAUGAAUAUUAUACAAUUUUAUGCUCUAAAGGUGGUGUAGAAGGUCAAUUUGUCGUCUUUCGUAGUAAUCGUAGUAAUUACGCAAGUAUUACAUUUAAAGAAAUUGAAAUAUUUGGAUAUUUUUUAAGAUUUCCCUAUCAACAAAUACGAAUAUCCUCUUAA